GGCCCGCGGCGGGGCUCGGGCGGCGCCCGGCGCCAUGGCGGCCGCCGGAAGCCCCAGCGUCUUCCUGCUGGCGGUCAGCGGGCAGAUCGAGAGCGGGCAGUUCCCUGGAUUCGAUGACCUCUACUGCAAGUUCUGCUUUGUCUAUGGCCAAGACUGGGUUCCCACAGCGGGCCUGGAGGAGGGCAUCUCCCAGAUCACCUCCACGAGCGACGUCGCACCCACCACGCUCGUCUGGAACUUCCCCAUCGACAUCACCUUCAAGAGCACGAACCCGUCGGGCUGGCCACAGAUCGUGCUGAGUGUCUAUGGACCCGACUUCUUUGGAAACGAUGUGGUCAGGGGUUACGGAGCUGUGCAUGUUCCCUUCGUGCCUGGAAGGCACACAAGAACCAUCCCUAUGUUUGUUCCAGAGUCCACAUCUUUGCUGCAGAAGUUUACAAGCUGGUUCACUGGGAGACGUCCAGAAUUCACAGACCCCAGAGUGGUGGCACAGGGAGAAGGAAGAGAAGUAACGAGGGUGCGAUCUCAAGGCUUCGUCACCAUUUCCUUCAACGUAGCGACCAAAGACAUGAAGAAGCUGGGCUAUGCUGUGAGCCCACAGGACAUGCAGAGCUCUUCUCUGGGGCCUCUUACAGAAGGGUUCCACAACUACUGAACUCAGGCAUGAGAUCUGCAAAAGCUCACAGAGAAGCUCAGCACUUGGGAGCUUUUUGUGGCGAAAGAAAGAAACACAAACCCUUUGGAAUCAUCACCCGAGGACAAUCCUUUCUGUAAGCCUACAGGUGGAAGUAUUAUGUAAACUCAGAUAAUGUCUAGACCUGUAACAAAAUAUUUGUAUUAACAAGCCUUUUGUACACUCUUUAUAUACUUAAAGGAUAGGAAAGCA